AUGGCUCCACCAGAAGUUCCCGUCGACGUCUUUUCGGGUUCCGGCAAGAUUACGAUUCUUAACACAGGUUACUCUAAGAGGGCUUACGUAACAUUCUUAGCCGGUAAGGGUGAUUAUGUCAAGGGAGUGGUGGGAUUAGUAAAAGGUCUACGUAAGGUGAAGAGUGCUUACCCUUUAGUGGUGGCUAUCUUGCCUGAUGUGCCUGAGGAACACCGUGAGAUCUUGAGGUCUCAAGGCUGUAUCGUUCGUGAAAUUGAGCCCAUCUACCCACCUGAGAACCAAACACAAUUUGCUCAUGCUUAUUAUGUCAUCAACUACUCCAAGCUUCGUAUAUGGAAUUUUGAAGAGUAUAGUAAGAUGGUUUACUUAGAUGCUGAUAUACAAGUGUUUGAGAAUAUCGAUCAUCUCUUUGAUGCACCUGAUGGAUACUUCUACGCUGUAUUGGAUUGUUUCUGUGAGCCUGCAUGGAGUAAGUCACCACAAUACUCUAUUGGGUAUUGCCAACAAUGUCCUGAUAAGGUGAAAUGGCCAGUAGAGAUGGGUUCACCACCUUCCUUGUACUUCAAUGCUGGGAUGUUUGUGUUCGAGCCUAGCCGGUUAACUUGUGAAUCACUUCUUGAGAAUCUACAAAUCACGACACCGACGCUAUUCGCAGAACAAGAUUUCUUGAACAUGUUCUUCAAUCAUAUGUUAAAGCCCAUCCCUCUGGGAUACAACUUAGUUCUAGCCAUGCUCUGGCGCCACCCUGAGAAUGUUGAGCUGGACAAAGUUAAGGUGGUCCAUUACUGUGCAGCUGGGUCAAAGCCAUGGAGGUUCACUGGUAAAGAAGCAAACAUGGACAGAGAAGACAUUAAGAUGCUAGUGGAAAAAUGGUGGGAAGUUUACAAUGACAAAUCACUAGACUUCAAGCCAGAGGAUCCUGAACCUGAGGGAGAGACAUUUUGUAGGCCAACAAUCAUAGCUACCAUGCCUGAGCCUGAGAUUUCUUACAUUCCAGCACCUUCAGCUGCUUAAACAAACUCGUAUAGAUGAU